CGCCACCAGGCUCCCCGACGCGCGCGCCCCGGGCGGCCCUCCUUCCACCACCAUGACCGCCCGCUCCCUUUGGUACGUCGGCGGCGACGCCUGCGAGCUUCGGGACUGCAGUGUACCCGUCGUCGGGCCGGGCGAGGUGCUAGUCGUGGCGACGCACGGCGCCGUGUCGCGAGGCACCGAGUCGCUCGUGCUGCGCGGCGGCGUGCCUCCCUCCGAGCACACGCGGAUGCGAUGCCCAUUCAUGGAGGGCGAUUUCAACUACCCGUGCAAGUAUGGAUACUGCAGCGUCGGCUUCGUCGCCGAGGCCGGCAAGGGCGCCGAGCCGCUCCUCGGCCGGCACGUCUUUUGCCUCUUCCCGCACCAGGACCGCUACGUGGUCCGGAUGGAGGCGGUGCACGCGCUGCCGGAGGGGACGCCUCCGUCGCGGGCUGUCCUCACGCCCAACCUCGAGACCGCCGUCAACAUCGUCUGGGACUCGAAGCUCAGCGUGGGUGACCGGCUCGCCGUGGUCGGCGCAGGAGUCGUCGGCUGCCUCGUGGCCUACGUCGCGUCGCGGGUCGCAGAUGUGUCGGUGCUGCUGGUGGACGUCGACGCGUCCCGCUCCGCCCUCGCCGAGCGCCUCGGAGUCCGAUUCAGGCUCGCCGAGCAGCUGACGGCGGAGGACGCGGACAGGGACGUCGUGGUGCACUGCUCGGGGGGCCCCGCCGGCUGCGCGACCGCUCUCUCCCUCGCGGGCGACGAGGCCGCUGUCGUAGAGGCGUCGUGGUUUGGCGACAAGCAGGUCUCUCUGCCACUGGGCGAGGCCUUCCACUCGCGACGGCUCAAGCUCGUCUCCUCUCAGGUUGCCCUCCGGCUGGCGGCCGACCCGCUGCUCGACGUGCUCAUCGCGCCCGCGGACAUCGCGUUCGAGGACCUCCCAAAGGCGCUCCCCGAGGUUUGCUCGGCCGGCGCCGCCCUCUGCAGACGCAUCCUCUACCCCGUGCCCGAGCUGCCCCCCACGCCGCCGCGCCCGAACGACCUCGGCCAGCCCCGGCUCGCCAGGAUGAAGAUCGCGCUGAACACGCAGGCUUGA